AUGCCAGUGAUCAGACGUGUCAAGCCAGCGGACCUGUUCCAUCUCAACCUAUGUAAUCUCGACCCUUAUACCGAGAACUACGACAUCAGUUUCUACCUACAAUAUCUAAUGAAAUGGCCCUCUCUCUUCUUCUGUCUUGAGGAGAAUGGCCAGAUUGUUGGUUACAUAAUAGGCAAGGUCGAGACUUCACCCGCCUACCUGCAACUUGGCUACGCGAGGUUGUUGACGAGAGCGCUGGAAGAUGCAUGUCAGCUACAACACGCCUGGUUUGUGGACCUUUUCGUACGUGAGUCGAAUAGUUUGGCCAUCAAGCUCUACGAAUCACUAGGGUACAGUGUUUUCCGCCGAGUUGUCGACUACUAUUCCGACGACAUCGGUGGGUCGAUGAAAGGUGAAGAUGCUUUUGACAUGCGCAUUCCCCUUGCUAGAGACGAGCACAAACAACAUAUCCGUGAGAAUGGCAGAGAAUAUCAUGUCACUGCAGAAGAUGUCUUCUAG